UGCCCCCCCCGGGGUGCGAAAUGUGCCCCCCUGACCCCCUAGUGCUGCUGGCUCCGCACCCAGCCCAGUGCUGGGGAGAGGAGAUGGGCGCAGGACGUGGCGUCCCCAUGGCCCAGCUGGCCCUGCUCACCCUGCUGGCCCUGCCAGGCGCCGGGGCAGUGAGAGUGGACCACGUGCACUUCCAGGCAGAGUUCUACCAGCGGACGGACCAGUCCCAGCAGGGGUCAGGGGAGUUUGUGCAGGGCUUUGAGGAGGACGAGAUGUUCUACGUGGACCUGGAGAAGAAGGAGACUGUCUGGCGCCUGCCCGACUUCGGCAAGUUUGCCAGCUUUGAUGCACAGUUCGCCCUGCGCAACAUCGCCAUAAGCAAGAACAACCUGGAGCUCAUGAUCAAGAGCACCAACCAGACGCAGGCGCAGAACGUGCCCCCUGAGGUGACCGUGUUCCCCGAAGACCCCGUGGAGCUGGGCGAGCCCAACGUCCUGAUCUGCUUCGUGGACAAGUUCUUCCCGCCGGUGCUCAGCGUGACGUGGCUGAAGAACGGGCAGGAGGUGACCGGGGGCGUCUACGAGACCGACUUCUACCCCCGCCAGGACAACUCCUUCCGCAAGUUCUCCUACCUGCCCUUCCUCCCCAGCCAGGGCGACUUCUACGACUGCCGGGUGGAGCACGGGGGGCUGCCCGAGCCCUUCACGAAGCACUGGGAAGCCCAAGUGCCCACCCCCGUCCCCGAGACCACAGAGACCCUGGUGUGUGCCCUGGGCCUGGCUGUGGGCAUCGUCGGCAUCAUCGUGGGCACCAUCCUCAUCAUCAAGGGGAUGAAGAUGAACGCCACCCGCAACCCGCGGGGCCCCUUAUAAACGUGGGGAGGAGCCAGGGCCCCCGAACCCCCCAGGUGCUUUCAUGGGACGCACACGCACACACACCCAGCUCUGCCCCCAGUGUCCCUGCUCCGUGCCCGUCAGUGCCAGCUGCUGUACCCAGGCAGGAGCCCCCCGGCCCCAUAACUGUGACACCCAACCCACUAGAGACUCACUGGGGAGCAGGCCCACUCUGUGCUUGGGAGGGGGGCACCUAUCCCGGGAGAGGGCUACUACCCCAUGGGGCUGGGAAUGGGGGUCACCCCUCCUCAGGGGGCAGCAGGGGAAUGAGAGUCAC